AAAAUUUCUUUCUCGUCGACUGCAUUUUAAAGUACUCACAAUUAUCCACUUCCUCUGUAAAUUCCGCCACCAAACCCAAAUCCAGUUAUGGCUACAGUAGCACCUUUCUCAAGUCAUCUCCACACUCCUUCAUCUCGCAUAUUCGAAAAUCGCACCGUUUUGACUCGUCAUCACAAAACCAAGACCAAGAACCCUACUCUCUCAUUAAAAAGCACAAGUUUUCAGCCAAUUACGGCAUUGCCUUUCGACCUAUCGCCUCCUCCAAUCGAUCAUGACCUCCUUGACACAGUGAAGAGUGCAGGGGCAGAGGUUUCAGAAAAUGGGAUUGUUGAAACAUUUGGUAAUGAUGAUGAAGCUCUUGAUGCAGUUGAUAAUGGAGUUGCAGUUGUGGAUCUUUCACAUUUUGGAAGGAUAAGAGUCAGUGGAGCUGAUCGCAUUCAGUUUCUUCACAAUCAAAGCACUGCAAAUUUUGAAAAUCUUCAGGAAGGACAAGGAUGUGACACUGUUUUUGUUACACCAACAGCACGGACGAUAGAUAUUGCACAUGCUUGGAUGAUGAAAAAUUCUAUCAUGUUGGUUCUCUCACCACAGACCUGUGGAAGGAUAAGUGAAAUGCUUAAUAAGUACAUAUUUUUUGCUGAUAAGGUGGAAAUUCAAGACAUCACCAAGCAAACUUCCUUAUUCAUUCUAUUGGGACCUAAAAGCAAAGAACUAAUGAGCAAUUUGAACCUUGGUGAUCUCGUUGAACAGGCAUAUGGAACACAUCGUCAUUACAGUGUGAAUGGCAUGCCAAUUACUGUUGGGGUGGGAAAUGUUAUUUUUGAAGAAGGAUUUUCUCUGCUGAUGUCACCAGCCAUUGCUGGAUCAGUUUGGCAAUUGCUUUUAUCUCUUGGUGCUAUUCCAAUGGGUUCAAAUGCCUGGGAAAAACUAAGGGUUAUUCAAGGAAGGCCAGCACCAGGAAAGGAGCUUACUAAUGAAUUCAAUGUUCUGGAGGCUGGUCUUUGGAACUCAAUUUCUUUGAACAAAGGAUGUUACAAGGGACAAGAGACCAUAUCUAGGCUCAUAACAUAUGAUGGAGUUAAGCAGAAAUUAUGGGGUAUUCGCCUCUCAGCUGCAGCAGAACCUGGCAGCGCAAUAUUGUUCAAGGGGGAAAAGGUGGGGAAACUGACAAGCUAUACAUCUGUAAGAAAAGAGUCUGAACAUUUUGGUUUAGGCUACAUUAAGAAGGUAGUUGCUUUAGGAGACACUGUCAUUGUUGGAGAGAACAUCGUUGGGACAGUGGUUGAAGUUCCUUUUCUUGCUCAACAACGUCCCCCAUCAAAAAACACGACUCGUUGACGUUUGCAAUCUUAUAUAUGAGUAUAUAUUAGACAAUCUGACCACCCCAUCUUGCUAACUUUGUGAGAUAGUUCAAUAGAACAGAUACAAAAUAAUUGAUUUCAGAACUGCCUAGAGUUGUGGUUCUUAUUAAAAAUGUAACGGACAGUUGUUCUUGAAUCAUGGUUACAGUUGGAUGAAAGGAAUUCAUUAUAUA